AGGUAGUUACGAGCGAUAGUAUCUAUGAGCGGGCAGCGUCUGCAGCCAUUCCGUAGUAGGAGUGGAUCACUAUUUGGCACUUUCCCGUGUGUGUGAGUACUCGCCUAUCUGUGUCGGGCAGGAAAACGGGAGAGGGCUUCGGUGAAGCAACAGGGUGGCUUAUUUUUCUGUUUUUCCACCUCCUGGCUCCGGCGACAGCGCGAACGCUCUGAUGGAGGCGGAAAGAUCCGGAGGGAUGCCCGGAGGAACGAACCAGAGCCCCGCAGGAAGCGGAGCGGGGCGCAAUCCGAACGGGCCGAAGGUUGUGCUCGGUCCUGCUCCCACCGUAGUCGCCGCCGCCGCAACCGGGGCGAUGUCUGGAUGCUCCCAGCCGCGAGAUCCACAGGACGGGGACGCGGGCCUCUCGCUGCCCGGCAUCUUACACUUCAUCCAGUACGAGUGGAGCCGCUUUCAAGCCGAGAAAUAUCGCUGGGAGGCCGAACGGGACGAACUGAGGGCUCAGGUGGCGUUUCUGCAGGGUGAGAGGAAAGGUCAGGAGAACAUGAAGCAGGAUCUGGUGCGGCGAAUCAAGAUGCUGGAGUACGCUCUGAAACAGGAGAGGGCCAAACAUCAGAAGCUGAAAAGUGGGACUGACCAAACCCCCGGAGAGAAGAAACCAGAGACAGAAGCUGAACAAAUACCCAAUGGGCCUGCAGAUUCAGAUUCGGAACCAACCAAUCAGAUGCCUUGGAAGGAGGGCCGUCAGUUAUUGCGCAAGUACCUGGAGGAGGUGGGAUAUUCAGACACAAUCUUAGACAUGCGCUCCAAACGCAUUCGUUCCCUUUUGGGUCGAAACAGCCCAGAGGUGAACGGGCCUCCCCCCAGCGAACCGCCCGCAGAACCAGAACCUCACGGUGGAGAAGAGUCAUUACUAGUGCGCCAGAUAGAAGAGCAGAUCAAACGCCGUGCUGGAAAAGAGAGCUCUAAAGAGCGGAUGGGCAGCUCUAUCCUGGAUAAAAUCCCUUUCGUUCGUGGCUGUGAGGACGACGAUGAAGACAGUGAUGAAGAGGAGGAUUUCCAGGGCAUGACCACAGACUGCAUUGACGGACGCAAAAACAAGAAGUCCAGAAGCAAGAAUAGCGGAGAACCCAUGACCACAGAUUUUGACCCUGAGGAUGAUGAUGACGAAGAUGAUUCUGAGGACGCUCUGGGCGAGUUUGAUUUCUUGGGCUCAGGAGAAGGCAGCGAAGGGGCGGGAGAAGCUCGCAUAUCUGGAGACGGCCGUGAAUUAGGUUCAGAGAACCGCCGGAACAAGAUGCAAGGCAUUAUGUCAGAUUUUCCUCCCAAACCUUCUCCACCUCCAUCUAUCCCGGGCCAGACGCGCUCCGGAGACGGGGGGGCUCUUGGUUUCUCAUCUGAUGUCUUCAUUCUGGAUGCAGUUGGAGGAGGGGAUAUGAACCUCGGAGAGCUGGCUGACCUCACUGUUGCCAACGACAAUGACCUCACCAUAGACUUGCAGGACAGUCGAGAAGAGUUCAAAAAAACGUGGAACCCUCGCUUCACACUACGAAGCCACUUCGACGCCAUCCGAGCGUUGACCUUUCACCCCAGCCAGGCCGUGCUACUGUCCGCCUCUGAGGAUGGAACGCUCAAGCUGUGGAACCUCAACAAGGCAAUGCACUCCAAAAAAAAUGCAGCGCUGGACGUUGAGCCCAUUUAUACAUUCAGAGCACACAGUGGUGCUGUUCUUUCUCUGGCUAUGGGGGAGGAAGGAGAAUCAUGCUUCAGCGGGGGUCUGGACGGCACCGUGCGCAGCUGGAAGAUUCCAGACCUUAAUGUGGAUCCUUACGACAACUAUGAUCCAGGCGUGGAGAGCAGCGUGUUGACGGGCCACGAGGACGCGGUGUGGGGUUUGGCUUACUCGUCCAGUCUGAAGCGGUUGGCCUCCUGCUCUGCAGAUGGGACCGUGCGGAUCUGGGACCCCCAUAACUCCUCACCGUGUGUGUCUGUUUUCAACAAGGAGAAGGAGCAUGGCACUCCCACCUCGGUUGCCUUUGUAAACUCCGACCCAUCCCAGGUUGUCGUGUCCUUUGAUGUGGGCGAGACUUUGCUUUAUGACCUCAACACAGAGCAAAGCAUCAUGGUCCUGGAGAACCAGGCUAAGGAUGGCAGCGAGCUGAUUAACCGCGUGGUCAGCCAUCCGACCCAACCGAUUUCCAUUACAGCCCACGAGAACCGCACCAUCCGCUUCCUGGACAAUAAGACAGGGAAAGUGAUUCAUUCCAUGGUGGCUCACCUGGAUGCUGUCACCUGUCUUGCCACAGACCCUAAAGGCACUUACCUCAUCUCCGGCAGUCAUGACUGCUCUGUGCGCUUGUGGAUGCUGGACAAUCGCACGUGUGUGCAGGAGAUCACAGCACACAGGAAAAAACACGAUGAGGCCAUUCAUGACGUGGCCUUCCACCCCUCACAGCCCUUCAUCGCCAGUGCAGGGGCUGACGCGCUCGCCAAGAUCUUUGUUUGAUUUUCUCACUGGGGAUCCACCCUCACUACUGGGCCAAAAGAGUGAAACGCCGAGUAUCCGUACUCACACACACUUGCUCACGAAAUGAGGGGAACAAUGUUCUACACACACACGACCCAAUAACCCAUCAUUUUUUAUGUGAUUCAAACUCCCUUGCAUUUAAUACUGAGUUUGCUGCUCAUGUCCUAAUUUCAGUUUUAGGCGACACUACUAAAAACCUGCACAGUGUGUUGCGAGGGAUGUCCAAUCUGUUGACGGAUGGACCCACGCAAACACACCUUAACACAACACACACCCUGGAUUUUAAUUUCAUGCUUGGUUUAGGUUGAGGAUUUGAAGGCUCUUGGUAAACAAGACAUGACCCAAGCCUGCACAUUUUCUCAAUGCAAAUUGAAUUAGUGCUAAUCUGUGAAUUAAUGUCCUCGCGUAACUGUUGCCUGGUAACUUGAGGCGAUCAAUGCAUUUCAUUCCAAAGACCGCUUUAGAUGAGUUUUUGGGUUGCGUUUUAGCUGCAAGUACAACACAGCUUUACCUUUAGCCUCACAGCUAAGAGCCUUAGUGUUUCAGCCUUUCAUAAUCAGUUCAGUACAUUUCAUUCGAAUGACAAGUACACUUUGAACUAAAACCAAACACGUGUAUCUGCGUGUGUGCGUUCGUGACUGUGCUAACACAAGCAUUUUGCAAUCGCCGUCUUCAUUCAUAUCCAUUCAGGUGGCGUUAUCCGUAAUAGUCAGGUGACUGUUGAGUAGUGUAUUUAUUGUAGUGUUCGGUAUCAGUCGGAAGACUCUCUGGGAAGAUCUGCAGUUGGAUGCGCAACUGAUCUCUGUAUAUAAGCGGGAUGCGCUGUACAUAGCACACUUGUUUCACAACCUUGGUGCUAAGAUCUCCUCUGAAUCAGGGACCUGUUAUUAAGUAUCAAAUCUCGGUUGAUGCCUGCCAUUCUUCAGAGUCAUCAUGCACGGUUCUUUGGCAUUUCAGAAAUACAGCAAGUGUGUCGGGAAAUUUCAAAGUACUUCUGGUAUGCUCAAGUGGCUUUUAAGGUUUUGUCAGGGUAUUUUUAAGACAAUGAACUCUAUAUCCACACUGGAGGUUCCUUGGUUGGGGAUUGUCGCCAAUAAAAAAUUUAAACCAA